AUGGUUUCAGUUCGUAAAAGAAAAAUGGCUAGAUCUUCAAUCAAGAAGAAUACAAGAAGAGUCAAAGAUAAACAAAGAAAUAUAAAUAUUCAUUCAAAUCCAAUCAUAGCAGCCAAUUGGGAUAAAUCAUUAACAUUACAACAAAAUUAUAAAAAAUUAGGUCUUACUGCAAAAUUGGGAAAAUCACCAGGAGGAAAAGAACAAUCACUUUCUAAAAAACGUAAUAACAAAGAACACAUAACUAUCGAUCAAAUUGAUGACACAGAUGAUCCAGAAAAGAUACCGGAGGGAGAAGCUAAGAUUAUUCGAGAUGAGGAGGGCAAUGUAAUUAAGGUUAUAUACGGUACUAUGAAACAAAAAGAGGAAGAAAGUGAGGAAGAAGUUGAUAAUUCUGUUGUUAAACAAUUGGAAGAAUAUGCUGAGAAGAAUAGUAAAAUUAAGAAAGAGAGGCAUCAAUCAGAUAGAGAAUCUGAAUUUUUGAAAAAUUUGUAUGAAAAAUAUGGUGAUGAUUAUGAUAAAAUGAAAUGGGAUAAAUUGAAUGUUUAUCAACAAUCUGCUGGUGAAUUGAAAAGGAGGAUUAUAAAAUGGAAAAAAUCAAAUAAUAUAUAA